AUGGACGAACUGGAGGUGCAGCCCACGGAUCUGCCGACGGCUCCCACCGUCGGUUCCCCGCCGGCCCGAAAAGUGACGCAAGAAGUGUCGACGACGCCAAUGGCGCCGGGCAACCUGGAUGGCCAGCCUCUGACUGUGGAGCAGGUUCCCAGCGAGAAGAAGUCGCCCGGGAGGAAGGGAGGUGGCGACGAAGGGAGUGUGGUGACUUGGGAAGCGGUGACGAAGGGAGUGUGGAGUCGUCCUCCCGUGGUGGAUGCUGACGUGACUUUCUUGGACUGGCCCCAUGCUGCAGGGGCCAGCUGCGUUUCGGCGAACUUCGCCCCGCGGCUCGCCGUUUCCCGCAGGGAGCAGAUUUCCUUUUCGUCUUCGCGGCGUCGACGACACCGCAACGGCACCCUAGCGGAGUUCGUGCCCGGAAAGCCGAGCUGUGAUGCCGACGCUGCGCGGAAGCGGCUUGCUGGCGGUGCUGCUGGCAGCCCGGGUGCCAGAGAUGGGAAUGUUAGCUUCGUGCAACGAAACACCAAGGCCCUGUUGGCAUGUGUCAUGCGUCGUGCUGCACCCUGUGAGGCUGAGAUCGGGAGAGAUCCAGCUGUGCUACCCAGAGUUGUCUAUGCCUGCAGACCAUUCGGCCGAGUACGUCUGAGCCUAAGCGGAGAGGAUCCGGCCCUGGACAACUUGCAGGUGGAGUUGAUGGAUGCUCAACGCGCGGAGAGCAAUCGCGUUGUCUUCCAAUGCCGGGAGCCUUUGGAGCUGCCGAUGCGUGACGCAGGGGGCAAGGCUGAGCAGAGCUCAGCGCUUCUGGCUGAGAGGCAGGGGGGGCAGGCAACAUGGCCAGUGAAGGGAAACCAUCCCGAAGAGGCUGCGGAGGUGAAAGCUGCAGGUGCUGACGAUGGAUUUUAUGGGCUGCUAGGAGCUUGGGCACCCGGAUCUUUGCAGAAGAUGCGACUGGCUUUGUGCCUGGUCCUGUUGUGGGACAGCUACGAGAAGUGGUCCCUGGUUCCAGCCUUUUACGAGAAUGAAGCCUCCACCUAUCCCAGCUUCGCUCUUGAAGAGGAUGCCGGAGUGGCUAUGGUGGCAUUGAACCCCUUUGCUUAUGGUGCAGGCGUUGUAUGGCCGCGCGUGCUGCUGUGCAUCACUGCAUUGACAGCCUGUGGCAUGAUGAGGUGGAGGUGGUGCUCGGUGGUGGCGUAUCUCUUGGAGUCUUUUGUGGUGCUGCGGAAUGUCUAUGUGAGCUUCAUUUUCGAUCGAUAUUUGUUGAUGGCCCUACUCUUCAGCAGCUGCCUUCCCUAUGCCAAGUCUGGUGGCUUCUCUUGGGCAAUGGUAAUGUUCAGGAUGCAGCUGGCCUGGAUCUAUUUGGAUGCGGGCUACGGUAAGGUCAUGGGCGAAUGGAACUGGUCCACUGAAGUGCCGGCGCUGGCCGUCUACCUGCAAGGCGCUCCCUUUGGCCGCGACUUGAUUCAUUUGGACCGGCAGAUCUGCCGUGGUCUGGCCGUGCGGCUCUUGACCGUCGUGGCUGCAUGGGUGGAAGUCUUUGUUGGUCCGGCCCUGCUAGCAGCAGCACUGGCUCCUGGCUCCUGGGUUGGCUUUCUGCCCUUCACCAUUGUGGUUUUGCUCCACAUAGGCAUCGCGACUUGUAUGGAGGGGGGAUUCGCCAUCUGCUUGGUGGCCUGUGGAACCUGGCUGGCAACGCUUCCGGAGGCGCGGCAUCCGCCAGCCCGGUGCAUGGAUCGAGGUGCCACUGUCCAGCUGAAGCGUUUCGGCCUCGGUGAUGCCACGGUUCUCUGCUGGUGCCUUGGCACCAUGGCCUUUGCGCUGAGUGGAUACCCGAGCCAGCCAGGUCCCUUGCCCACAGUGCUGCUCCUGAACCGAUGGCAAGUGUUCAGUGGCGCAGAACGACACCUCCACUGGGAAGUGGCGCCUGCGCGGCUGGCGGACGACGCUGUGGUGGACCUCUGGAGCUGGCACAACGUGAGCUUCACCACGCCCGGCUAUGGACGUCGAGGUCGCUGGAUGAGCUUCCCAAGCACAAGGCCGGCCACCGAGCGGGCCUUGGAAGCGCGCUUUCGGUAUCUUUGUACUGAAUGGAACACGGCGCACCCAGACGUUCCGGUGCUCAAGUACCAGCUCUUUGAGCUCUGGGCCCCACUAGGUCCUGAUUUGGAAGUGCUUGGAGACUCAGAGGAGUUGUGA